UUUUUCUCUCUCUCUCUCUCUCUUUUCUACAUUUUAUUUAUUUGUGGUAAUAUUUUUGAAUCAUUAAUUUUUUUUCAUAGUAAUCAUUAAAUUUGAUGCAGAUCGUGGAUCCGACUGGUGAUUGGGGAAAAGGAGGUUUGGAAGCCCAGUAAACAGCCUUUUACCUCUAUUGAAGCUUUCUUCUUGGAUUGAAUCCUGCAUGCUUUAACGCCCUUGAAAGACUGCGGAUGAUAGAUUCACCAUUGUCUUUCGCCUUACUGGGAACAUAUGGUAAGCUUGGUCUUUCGCUUCUUCUUCUUGGUUUACUGAAUAUGAUCUAUAUCUCCACUGGAUAUCAACUCCCGUGCUCUCAUUAGGGAAGUGGCCUUACCAUCGCAUUAGGGUUCCAUUCCCUUCUUCCAAAUCAAUCAAUUUUUGAUCGAUGAUGAAUAAUUCUGACGAGAAACGGCUUCUUGUGAUACGUAACCGUGGAGAGUUGGGUGCGUAUUAUAUUACUGCUCUUUCUCCGCGAGAUUUAUCCCUAAUUCCUGAAGAAAGUUUCGAUCUUCCUUUUUUGAAUCCAAAGCUGCGUAUUGAGUCUAACAGUUGCGGAGGUUUGUUGUUUAUCAGCAGUGGUUCUGGCCAUAUUUAUCUUUGCAACCCCGCAACUAGAAUGGUUCAGAUGUUUCCUCCCCGGGAAGCCUCUCCAAAUUGUAGCACCGUAUAUAUUGGUGGUGGUGUUUGCUACGAUUCUAAAUCUGAUGAUUACAAAAUCCUAAGAGUUUGUGCACAGUUCUACUCGAAUCCGUAUUUUAUGCACUACACAACUUUUGACUUGUAUUCGUUAAAAGAGAAGUCGUGGAGGGUGAUUCCAAAUCCUACUUUGCCCAAAUAUCUUGAUGCUAAUGUUACAUGUGUUAGAGAUAAAUGUUAUUGGUUUAAUCGGGGUUUUACAGGAGUUGAAUGUUUCGAUUGUAGUGAGGAAACCUUCUCUCACUUGGCUUUACCACCAAAGACUCGUGGCUUUAUGUAUGAGCUUGUCAAGUUUAGUGAUGAAGAUAUGUUAGGUUUUAUUUGCUAUCGGAAACGAGGAGUUAGCAGUAAACGCAGAGAUAGCCAUCAUCGUUAUUUUGGGAGUGCACCCGGUUCUUAUUAUGAGCUUUGGGUGUGGAAGGAAGAGUUGCGGGCCUGGAAUAUGAAUUUUAAAGUCUCUCUUGGUGGUGGUGUUUGUUCACCACAGAGGACGAUAUACGAUCAGUUCUUGUUUCUUUCUGGAUGGGCUGGCACACGGUAUGAGGAGUUUGAUGGGAGACAACAUCGUCUACUAGCUUACAAUUGGACUAAGAAAGAGUGCAAGGAACUCGGUAUUUCUAAUUCUCGCUAUGUUAUUCCUGUUCAUUGUUAUGUUGAGAGCAACAUUGCGCUGCCCGAUGGAGUGCCAAUCUCUGAAUCCCAUACUCUUUGUCAUAUUUAUUUAGAUGAGGACGGCCAUGAUGACCCUGACCUUAGGGAGGAAGACAUUGUUGAAGUUGAUCAACGUUACGUUGAAGCCUGCAAGGAAGAGUUUCUUGAUUAUGCAGAUAUUGACAAAGGAUUCCGUAUUGUUGAGAAUAUAGAGUUGGAGGAUGAGGAGGAGGAGGUUCUAAACAAGGUUGUCACUCCUGACUCGAGGGGGGGCGUCACGAAGAACAUUGGAUUUAGCGCGCAAUCCUCGCAGGUUCCUCAUUCACCUGCUCUUGAGGCUGAGGUUGCCAUAUUGACUGACGAGUUAGAGCAAAGGAAACGAAAAGAAGAGGAUAUGACCCGUAAGAUGGAGGAGAUGCAGAUGCAGAUAGCGCAGCUCAUGAAGAUAAAUCGACCUUGAUGCCUCCUCAAUCUCACCAUAACCUCUUAUUAGCUCGUUUUAUUUCGACACUACUAGAUAUAUACUUUUAUUAUGAAUUUUUAAACUUGUGGAUAUAUUUUGCUACUUUUAUAUAUUUUGGAUUUUCAGUGCUAGUUUAUUUUAUUUGGU